AUGGAGAGCUUGAUUGGACUGGUGAAUAGGAUUCAGCGCGCCUGCACAGUCCUCGGGGACCAUGGUGGUGGCGAGGGAGACGCCCUUCCCACUCUCUGGGAAGCUCUUCCGUCCGUGGCCGUCGUCGGGGGGCAGGUCGGUUCCCUUCCAACUUUCUGCACACAGAAAAUAGCCGGAUCUGGACUUUCUGGCCUUCGAUUUGGGAUCUGGAUUCAUUUUUUUUUUCUGAUCUUCUGUGUGCAGAGCUCUGGGAAGUCCUCGGUGCUGGAGAGCAUAGUCGGGCGAGAUUUUCUUCCUCGGGGAUCAGGUCGAUGAGUGCCUAUUUGCCAAUCCUUAUGUUUCUUGAUCUGGAUCGAUGUCUUUCUCACUCCUUUAUAUUUCUUCAAGACAGGAAUUGUGACCAGGCGUCCGUUAGUCCUGCAGUUGCACAAGACUGAUGAAGGGCAGGUUGAGUAUGCCGAGUUCCUUCAUUUGCCGAAGAGGAGAUUCACGGAUUUCGGUACGCUAAUAAUAGACUCUUGCACUUCGAUUUUUUUUUAAUUUCUUUAGGAAAUAUGCAGUAGUCAUGCAUUAUUUAUUAAUUUGAUAGAUUCGAUUUAUGUUGGGUACUUCUGUUAAUAGACAUAGCUGUUUUCACCCAACUAGGAACUUUAUGAGUAUAUAGGAGUGUAAGUCAACGGAUCUUUAGAAUCUGUGUUUUCAAAACGUCAAAACUGUUAUUUUUUGCAACUACAACUUCUUCCUCCUAAUAUACUGAUGUAUGUUAAUCGAUCGGAAAGGUGGUAAUAAUCCUGUCAUUGGUCUUUCGAAAAAGCUGAGGUAGAGACAUCAGCUCCGAAUCAAACUUGAACAUCGAUUUAAUUGCGUAAUGUUAAGUCUGGUUAGGUUAUCUCAGGCCAUGGUUUGUAAGUUUCAAUCGAUUUCAAGAUGCUAGUCCAGCUUAGGUGGAUAUUGAUAAGAAACACCUCAUAGUUAAGGGGAUUGUUGGCUUGGCUGAGAGUUUUUUGGUCGUUUUAAUAUCUGAGAAGAUUAGUUAUUUUUAAUGACGCGCUCAUGUCAACCUAAGUCGCCAAUUUCGAUGAGUUUUUACCGAAUUAGGAAGAGGGGAUCAAGGUCUGAAACGAGUAGCAUCCCUUUUCAAUUUUCUGAUACGUUUUCUAAGUUAAUGGGGGGUCAGUCACAUCUUUCUCAUGCGAAGAUCUCACCUGCCGAAUCUUGUGCAAGAACCGAACAGUGUCCUUUUUGUGCUAGUUCUGGAUAUUAGUCCUAUGAUCUCAUCGGUUGACUAGACUUGUUCAUACACUUUGUCAGGCCGUUGCCAGGAAAUAUUUUCUAUGGUUACUAGUCUGCUCCCUUCUAUCCAGAUAUUGCAUGUGGAAAUUAGUUAUUUCUCCUAAAAUUGUUGAUAUCUAAUUUAUGUAUACAGUUUUUUAUCUCCUGAGUAAUUUAAUGUUUUUCUUUUUCUCUUACAGCUGCUGUGCGGAAGGAAAUUCAAGAUGAAACUGAUAGGAUAACAGGAAAAUCGAAGCAGAUCUCUCCUGUCCCGAUUCACCUCAGCAUUUACUCUCCAAAGGGUUAAAUUUUGCUAUAUCCUCUUAUCUUCACGAUUCUUUACCUCCUACUGAUUUUUUAGCGCUUUUUCCAAGAUGACCAAUGAAAUUAAGGGUCACUUUCUCUUAUUGGAUGAAUCUUUGUCAGAAAAUGUGGUAUUUCCCCGUACUAUUCACUUUUGAUCCUUUGGUGUCAAUUUCGGUUGUGUUUCAGAAAAAUCUAAUUUCCAAAGAAGUGGGUCAUGAAGAUGAGACAACGAAAAUUAAAAUCAUUUUCCAUUCUUGAAAGUUUUAGAAAUUAUCUAGGUGACAAGAGUUACACCAUUGGAGAAAUUACAACGUGUCAUAUACCUAACAUCACUCUCUCAGCCUUAAUUUGUUUUAAAAGUUAGAAUAAAAUCAGCUGAUCUUAUGAGAAAAUUUGCCUUUAAAAACGUCUGUGCUUCAUGUUUCAGGUUAAGAUGACGACUUCCUACAUUGUGUGAAUGGAAAACAGGUUGGGUCAAGGACGAAUAGGUUUAUUCAGGAGUCUCACUUGGUUUUUAGAUUUGGUGUGUUGGAUCUUGAGUUGAAUCCGGCAGACAUUGUCUCCCAGUAGAUAUACGAUAUUUGCCAAAGCUAAUCUAGUCAAAUGGUACUAAAAAAUGAUAAACAUUUAUGAGUUUAACAAAUGAAGCACACUUAUUUAUGAGAGGAUAAUUGUAAUCAGAUUUAAUAUAAUUGUUAUUAUAAUUAGCUGACAUAAUUAUUACACAAGCAAUUCCCUUUGUAAGGAUAGGGAGAAAUUUUCUGUUGUCUUCAUGAAAGUGUUGUGGUUUAUACUUUCUGAGUCUGUUGGUUGAUAACCUUUUUUUUCCAAAUUGGGUUGGCUUUCAAAAUUUAUUGGAUUAGUUUAGCAGGUCAAUGAUGAUAUAGACUAUGUGGUUCUUGUGCUUAUUUGAAAUUUCAAUGUAUUUAUUGUACUAAUGCGAGUUAGAUGAAAAAAUAGUGAUAAUAGUACAACCCUUUCACUUGGUUACGUUACAUGCAAAAAAUCUUCAUGAAAGUACUCUGAUAUACUUGUGUGUCAAAUCCUUCUUGUUUUGCCUCCUAACUCUGUUUCUACCUUCCUUUGUUAGUUUUAUCCAUGUAAAGCUCACCCCAACAUAAAAGCUGGUGUAUUUUUUUUUAAUUUUUAUUAAGUCUUUCCUGAAUAAAACAGGGUAUCACAACUUAUCUUAGAAAAUUAAAAUUUGGGAGAGUUAUGCUUUCGUGUGAAUACAUUUCUUUAUCUUAUCAGUAUUGAAGCAAUGCUGUCAUCAUAUUUAGCAUUUCUAGGUCUGAUGCAUUGAUGAUGAAUUUUGGGAGUUAUCGUUUCAUGUGUCUUGAAUGUUGUAAUACUUCUAUUACCAUAUAUUUUGUUGAUUAUGCUUGUCCUGUUGUUUCUUCUAAAUGCAUUAAUUUAUUUUACAUUUUGCAAUUACCUUCUGAGGGAGCAAUUUUUUGUCUACUUUCCCAUUUUACGUCCUAUAUGUUAUUAGCAAGGUACCUAACAUCUGUUGUAUUUUCCUGCAGUUGUUAACCUAACUUUGGUUGAUUUACCUGGUCUGACGAAAGUUGCUGUAGGUACGUAUGCACAUGACAAUUUGUACGAAGUACCAUAUAACACAUUUUCUUUGAUUUUAGAUAAUGAAAAAUGCUAUCUUUUUCAGAGGGACAGCCAGAAACUAUUGUUCAGGAUAUUGAGAACAUGGUGCGGUCAUAUGUUGAGAAGGUAUGUAUUAGCUGUCCUCUUUUUCGCUGCCAUGAAAAUAAUGGUCCUAUCCCAUUAAUCCCUGAUUUUUCUCCUUUUCUUUUAUUUGUCAUCUGUAAUGACAAACUUAGUGCUAUUGUGCUUUCGCGAUAAUCUUCGGUUAUAUCCUAAACUCUGUGGGUGCCAUUCCAAAUAAACUUUUGGUGUUUAAAAUGCUUGUGCUUUAGGGACAAAAAUGGUUCACCAAAUGAAAAUGAAGUUAAGAUAAAAAUUUAGCAUGAUGCAAAUUAAUGGUCAUGAGCUGUUUGGCUUAGAUAUAUUGCCUAUUUAUCGUGGGCUGGCUCACGUUAUUUUUACCAAGGUUCACGUAUUGAGCAAUGUGUGUGACAUAUGAUGAAUUCAAGGUUGACUGAUGAAAUCGGGCUACAUGAAUAUUUUAUCAGUUUUAGCAGAACACAUAUUUGAUCGUGGGUUAGUAGUUUCAUUGGAACUGUAACAAACGGCUGUUUCGGAUAAAUGUUAGGGCCGCAUAACUACGAAGAUAGAUGCCCAAACAUCACGUGGCAUCAUCAAUGCAUUUAAAAGCAGAACUUAACCAAUAAGAAGAGAGUUUUAAGUGCUUACUCCAGAUCAAGUUCUCUACUAUGACGCACAAUAUCUUCAAGGGCUUGUGAAGGAUAGCAUGGUAAAGGAGCCUUGCUGAUUUAGUGGCAAUCUGAUCAUUAUCUCAGUUAGUCUUAAGACUAAUUUGUUUAUAAAAGGCUAGAACUCUGUCAUGCAGACUGACAGACUUCAUGUUUUAAAAAGUAAUGGUAAUUCCUUCUACAUUUCCGUAGGUAAAGAUGGCUUUUCAUGUGGUCAAAGAAUGCAUGGAAGAUAAAUAUUCGGAAUUAAGCGUGGAAGAUAAAUUCUCCAUGCUAAACUUGUUCAAGGAAUAUAUGAAUACUCACAGGAUAUACAUAGUUACAUAAUUUCUCAUGUUAGUUUCAGUCAAUGAUUCUCAGCUGUCAAAAGAAACCUCAUGUCACGUCCUAGUCAUUCUUAGAAAUAGGUGAUAAGGACACACUCGACAGUUAAACAAAAAGCAUCUAAAUAUUAAGUGUCAACAAACUUGACUGACCCAAUGUAUUGUUACAUAUUUAUAUAGUUUUCUGUCUUCAUUUUCUCCCAUCCCCAAUGGAUGGAUUCAAUUUGUUUCUUUUGAUUGCCCUUAACAUGGCUUCAAAAAUCAUGUUUUCUGUGUCUAACUAAUUUUUCUUUCAUAAAUUUUUUCCUGCUUCAGCCAAAUUGCAUCAUUUUGGCAAUUUCUCCGGCUAAUCAGGAUAUAGCAACCUCUGAUGCAAUUAAACUUGGUAGAGAGGUUGAUCCCACAGGUAUUUCCCACUUAUACUGUGUUAUAAGUAUGUGCACAUUAAUGGUGCUAAGAUGUUCUUCAUUUGAAAAAUGUUACAGGCGAGAGAACUUUUGGGGUGUUGACAAAGCUUGAUUUGAUGGACAAGGGAACAAAUGCACUUGAUGUAAGUUCUGGACCUUCUUAACACUCUUUAAUUGUGUGCCCCUCCCCCACAACCAAGAAAACGGAAAAGAUAGAAACGAGAGAGCAUGAAGAUCAGUUGUAUCAUUUAAGCCUGGAUACUUUCCAGGCUGCUGUUUCCUCUAAAGGUAGCUGAUACAUCUGUAUCGUUUUCUUUAUUCAGGUUCUUGAGGGAAAGUCUUAUAGACUGCAACAUCCCUGGGUUGGGGUUGUUAAUCGUUCACAAGCAGAUAUCAAUAAAAGUACUGAUAUGAUGGCUGCAAGACAAAGAGAACGAGAUUAUUUUUCUAGCAGUCCUGAUUAUGGGCACUUGUCUAGUAAAAUGGGUUCUGAAUAUCUUGCCAAACUUCUCUCCAAGGUGAAUGAUUUCAUCAACUUGCAUUGGUCAGUGCUUAAAUUAGACCAAGAGAAUGUACUAAUUGCCUUAUUUUUCAGCAUCUAGAAAGUGUGAUCCGGUCACGCAUACCAAGUAUACUCUCGUUGAUUAACAAAACUAUUGAUGAGCUUGAGGCAGAGAUGGAUCAUCUUGGUAGACCUAUUGCUCUUGAUUCUGGGGUGAGGCAGUUAUCCUUGUAUUUUGUUUUUUAGUUUAACCAAUUUUUGUUACCUGUCUGAACAUGGUUCAUUUUGUACCCUUUCAGGCUCAAUUAUACUCUAUAUUAGAGGUCUGUCGUGCAUUUGAUCGUAUAUUUAAAGAACAUCUUGAUGGAGGGUAAAUGACUCAAUUUAUAUUUCCGACUCUAUUUAUUCCUGGACGAGAAUUGCCUUCUUUAUGACAUCAAAUAUGCAAGCAUUUAUUUUUUUUGAUAUUAAUUGCAGUUUAUAUGUAAUGUUUAAUAUUGAUUCCUUGAUUGAGUCUCCCUCUUACCUGUGCAUAACCGAUGUCAAUCUUACUAAAUGCAGUAAUAUCAUGGUCCAGGAAAAUGCAGAAUCUGAGAUUUGAUAAUAUGCCAACAGUAGUGUAGAAAUAAUUAUUUUUUUUGUAAUCUUUAGUUCGAUAAAUUUUCCUCGAAAAGUUAAUGAUAUAAAUACGACAAAUCCAUGAAAAAAUGAGCAGACUUUUCUUUUAUAGCAUUUCCGAGAUUAGAACCUGAUCAUCAAAGAUUAUUGAAUACCGAAUGUCAGUCUUAAGACUAAAGAAAGUAUCCUCAUCUUUACUAGAAACGUGCUUCUAUCCAUCCAGUUGGUUUUUUUUCAGUGAGAUUUAAUAUUAUACUUCAAGUGUCUUAUUUGAAUUAUCAACAAAAUGCUCAGUCCUCUGCACGUUCACUUGCAGGCGGGCUGGCGGUGAUCGAAUUUACGGAGUCUUUGACAAUCAGCUUCCGGCAGCUCUGAAAAAGCUCCCCUUUGACCGUUAUCUCUCUCUUCAGAAUGUCAAGAAAGUUGUCUCAGAAGCUGAUGGUUACCAGCCUCACCUGAUCGCCCCCGAGCAGGGUUAUAGGCGGUUAAUUGAUGGGGCCUUGAAUUAUUUCAAAGGCCCAGCUGAGGCAACAGUUGACGCGGUAUGCUGUUUCCUGCUCCAUUUUUAUCAUUUAUUUUUAUAUUACUGAAUUGGGAAAUAAUAUAAAAUAAUACAAUAUAAUAUGGUGGCGGGGGCGGAUAUUGCAGGUGCACUUCGUUUUGAAGGAGCUGGUGAGGAAGUCCAUAGCAGAGACGCAGGUACGCUGAUGAAUAUUUUUCUCAAUAGGGAAAGAAAAACUUUGAUGGCGCCUAUUCUUAACGAAUUUUAAUCUGUGGAAAGCAGGAGCUGAAGCGGUUCCCUACGCUCCAGUCUGAGCUCGCAGCCGCCUGCUAUGAGGCUCUCGAGAGGUUUCGAGACGACGGGCGGAAGACUACCCUGCGGCUGGUGGAGAUGGAAUCCUCGUACGUGACGGUUGACUUCUUCCGUAAGCUUCCACAGGAGGUGGAGAAGGGGGGGAAUCCCGCAGGCCCCGCCGUUGACCGCUAUGCUGAGGGCCAUUUCAGGAGGAUUGGGUCAAACGUGUCCUCGUACAUUGGGAUGGUCUCUGAUACCCUGAGGAACACCAUUCCAAAGGCCGCCGUCCACUGCCAGGUCAGGGAGGCCAAGCGAUCUCUGCUGGAUCACUUCUACACGCGAAUUGGGAAGAAAGAGGUACGAUUCCGUCGUCCCUGUUGUAUUUAUUUACCAUUUAUGUUUUAUUCCUCUGAAAGGCACGGGGCUCUUGUGGUCAAAAUCCUUGGGUCGGUCUUGGUUGGAUAGUCAAACCCUUACAGGAAAAACGGCUAGUAAUGGCCUCUGUCGUCAAGUGUUAGACCAGUGAACCCCAAUGGCUUUCUAGGUCAACAUCCUGAGGUCUAUCUGGUUUGACAGUCAAACACCAACAGGCGAAACCUGCUCCGUCCAUCUAUGGCUUUUAUGGUCGGUGUGCUCUUGCCCUGUUCGUCCCAUGUAGGACAUUAGACCAGUAAGACUCAAAAGGUCGAUCUGAUGUGGACGGUCAAACCCCAUAAAAAGUCAAAGGUCGGUGGUCGAUCAGUUUUGGAAAGUCAAACACCAGAGAAUCAGAACUUGCUGCAUCCAUGGCUUGGUCGCGGGUCAAUUCUUAGAACAGUAACCUCAAAUGCCAGUCAAGCAAGCCUCAAGGAGAAAUUUGUACCUAAUGAUCCUUCAUCCCGAGGUCAACCGGUGCGGUGACUCAUCCCUCCAUUGUCAACGCUCUCGAGUCAACCCUUCUGACCCCCCGUCCUCGGAUGUCUCGAUCAUCUUCGCUGUUCUAGUGAUCGCCAUUUCUUCUCUCUCCUCCUCUCAGGGAAAACAGCUCUCCCAGAUGCUGGAUGAGGACCCAGCCCUCAUGGAGCGCCGCCUGCAGUGCGCCAAGCGGCUGGAGCUCUACAAGAACGCGAGGGACGAGAUUGACUCCGUCUCAUGGGCCAGGUGA